AUGGCCGACUCCGCCGCCCUCUCCUCCUCCCUCCCGCGCUCGCUGGCGUCCAGGAGGCCCCUCUCCUCCCCUCUCCGCGGCGGCGGGAGGCCCCGGUCCCCGCGCCGCUGCCGCCCCGGCUCGCGGCUGCGCGCCCGGGCCAGGAAGGGCGAGCCCGAGGACCUCUACGGGCCGUACCCGUGGGAGCAGCCCCUGGAUCUCACCACUGGGUUCGAUAUCGAGUGGGUGCAAGAGGAUAAAAUCACGCUCUUCACUUCCGAUGGGCUUGUUCAGAUAGGCGGUAACAUGGUGCCUCGCCGAGUCACCGCUUCCGAGAAGAGGCAACAAAAAGGAAAAGGCAAACUCCGCCGGUUUCAGGAGAGCUCUUACAUGGAUCCAAAUCAAAGUCUUUGCCUUGGAGCACUAUUUAACAUUGCAGCUACAAAUGGCCUAGACAUGGGUAGAAGAUUAUGCAUCUUUGGCUUCUGUCGGUCUAUUGAAAUGCUGAGCGAUGUGGUAGAAGAUACCGUCUUGGAGCAUGGUGGCGAGAUUGUGACUGCAGAGAAGGCGAGUAGUGACGGCCUUCAGGAGAAGCUGACCAUGUCGGUGGCGGUUCCGUUGCUGUGGGGCGUCCCUCCGGCAUCGGAGACCCUCCAUGUCGCUGUGCGAAGCGGUGGAGGCAUCGUGGACAAGAUCUACUGGCAGUGGGACCUGUUCUAA